UUGAUAAGUGAUUUGCCGUACGGCGUUGCAAACAGACCGUGGUGCUCGAAAUCUCGAAUCUUCGAACUCAAAUCUAAUACUCCGAUCACAGAAGACAUCAUGGAUGGAAUACUCAGAAAUUUUUCUAAAUUGCUUUUGGUGCAGAGCCCAAUUCAGCAGUUCAACAGGACUUUAAUUAUACUUAAACGACGCCAUCCAGUUCAGUUACAAAAAAAGAACUCCAAACAUAAAGCUAUUUUGAAAGGAAGACAUUUUAUUUAUGAUAUUGAGGAGAGUCCAGAAAGAAUGAAACAAGAAAAGAUAGACGUAAUAUUAACUCAAUAUGUCGAAGGCUUAGGGCAUCAAGGUGAACUGGUAUCUGUUCGACCAACAUAUGCAUAUGAUCAAUUGCUCCUGCCUAAAUUAGCUAUUUAUGCUUCCCCUGAUAAUUUGGAACGUAUGAAAAACAAUUUAUAUCAAACCAAAGACGAAGAGAAACCUAGCUCUAUUCACGCUCUUCAAACAAUGAAGUAUUUAAAAAAAAUGGUUGUUAGUGUAAGCAUGAAUAAAGACGAGCCUUGGACAAUUGAACCUUGGCACAUAAGAGUAUCACUACGCAAAAUGAAUGUACAUGUAUUAAGUGACGAUUCAAUAGAAUUGCCGGAACAGUCGAUUUGUGGACCUGAUCUUACUUUAGAAGGAAAAUCCUUUGUUGUAUAUAUUACUAUAAAUAAGAAAGAAAAAAUACCAGUGGAAUGUAAUCUUCAUCAUUGGAGUACAAAACUUGCCGAUCGAUUACCUCGAACAAAAUUCUUUACUAGAACUCCAGUACCUAUUCUUCCUGAACAGGCUGAACUUUUAAUGUCAAUGAGAGAAAAUUCAAAUAAAAAUUAAAUCUAUAGUUUCUUUUUCUAGUAGUAUCUAAUUUGUUUAAUUUUAAAUAAAUAAUGAUUUUAAAAUUAA